UCAUUAUCACUAGGUUAUAGUGAACUUGUCUCAUUUAUCUGCAUUUCCCCCUUCCUAAUAAAAGCUAAAUUUGUAAAAUUGCAUUCUAAAAAUAAAGUAAUAUUGUUUCUCUUUCAGUCAAAAUGUGCUUAUAUGGUGAUGAAAUGAAAUAGACUUUUACUUUAAUAAUGGUGCAAUUUGACUGAUUAGUUUUUUUUUAUGCACAAAAUAAUUAACAUAAAUUUGUUAACAAUCUAAUUAAAUACUAAAAAGUACUUCAACAUAAUAUGAAUAAAUUCAAGAACAAUAUUGUAGCAUCGGUGGUUCAGUGGUAGAAUGCUCGCCUGCCACGCGGGCGGCCCGGGUUCGAUUCCCGGCCGAUGCAAACCUUUUUUUUGUUUUAUUAAUAAUGAGAUUCAUACUUGCGUGCGUAAAAUUAAGCGUAAUUUGCAUUUUUGUGGCAAUCGGUUACGGAACAUUAAUAAAACAGUAAAAGUAAUUAAGAUAAGCAAGAUUUUUAAUUACAGCAAAGUCAAGCAGAAAAUGAGCUAGUAAUAUCAAAACAUGACCUUAAAAAUUACUCAGUUUGGUAUAAAAAUAACUUUAUUGUUUUUAAGAUUUGCAGUAAAAGCUGUGCCACCAGAAUAUUGUCUCUACAAAUUGAACACCAGUGAUUGUCUAGGAACUCCUACACCAGUUUUCUCCUACUACAAACCAGGAUCCAGAUGUGAAAUAGAGAUAUGGAGAGGAUGUCCCACAUACAACAAAUUUGACAAUGAGUAUUUGUGCUCUCAUUUUUGCGUUUACAACUUUUUAAAACCUACUUUUACUACUCCUAUGGUGAGCUAUAGUGGCACAGAACAAUGUUCGCACACCGUUACUAAGACUUGCAAGUCUGGUCCACAGAACAUUGCAUACACAUUCAACGAAGCGAAACAAGAUUGUCUACCCCUGAUCUGGGGAGAAUGCAAAACACCUAAUAUUUUCAAAGAGAAAGAUGAAUGUAUCGACACCUGUCUGGGUGAUUGGAGAAAUGAAGUGCUUAGCAUGACAGAUGAUGAGUUCAAAGAUAUAGAUGAAGUUCUAUCGAACUUCAUGACACCUAACACAACAACUGCGAAAAAAUUAAAAUUAUUGGAUGAAAUUAAUUCCACCGUACCAUUGACACCGUCAACGACCGAGAAAGGACCUACUCUAGAAAUCCCUACAACAGUAUCAGUAGUAACUGAAGAAUCAACGACUAAAGAAGUCACAACAGAAGUAGUAACAACUGAAGAAGUUACAACUACGCAGGCAACUACCGAAAAACUUACGACAGAAAUAGAAACAGAAAAACCUACUACAGAAGAAAUCACAACUGAAGUUACUACAGAAGAAUCUACAGUUACCACGACGGUACCAACAAGUACACGAAGAAUUAGGACGAGGGGUACAGAUUAUGUGAGUGAAGUGCAGUUACCAGAUUAAAUGACAAUAGGUUUCCAUACUUUGAAAUACAAUAAAAAUCCCCUUGGAUACAAACAUCAUAAUCCAAUUUA